CGGAAAUGCACCAAAAGCCAUAAAUCCAAAGAAGAAGAAGACGAAGAAGAAGGAAUCAACAGCAGACGAAAUCACAGACAGAUUUAAUCCAAAAUGACAACAUAAGCACAGUGCCUCCACCCUGACGCAGAUAAGCAGGGUGCAUCAUGCCUAGCUCCCUCCUGUGGGCUGUUGAUGUUUACGGGAGGGUUUAUAGUCUGUCGACAGCAGGCCAGCAGUGGGAGCAUUGUCACGAUGCCCACUUGGAGUUCAAGCGUGUCACAGUUGUGCAGCAGUCCGGCUGGGGCAUCGCCUGUGAUCACAACAUCUACCUGAACGUCCGUGCCAGUGAUGUGCCCAUUCGCUACCAAGAGGAGACAUUUGAAAACCAGAGGUGGAACCCUGUUGAUGGCUUCUCGGACCGGCUGUUGCCGAGUGACCGCUGGCAGUGGAGUGAUGUCACAGGGCUGAAGCACCAGCCUCUGGGUGGAUUUCAGCUGCCCUCGGAGAACUGGGAGUGGGAAGCGGACUGGUAUGUGGAUGAAAAUUUUGGAGGAGAGCCCACAGAGAAAGGGGGAUGGACAUAUGCCAUUGAUUUUCCAGCCACUUAUACAAAAGACAAAAAGUGGAACUCUUGCGUACGUCGCCGCAGAUGGAUACGAUACAGAAGGUACAAAGCACAGGACAGCUGGGUCAAGAUCCCCUCUGAGCAGACAGGAUCUCUCCCAGACCCAUUUAAUGACAUUACUUGCGGUGGUUGGGAGAUCACUGAGGAUCCCAGAGGGUGUUUGGCACUGUGGGCUGUCUCUCUGCAGGGAAAGGUGUGGUUCCGCAGUGGCAUCAACCACCAUAAUCCUGAGGGCUCGGUUUGGGAAGAGGUGCCUGUGCCAGGGGAGGUGGUGCAGAUCAGCUGUGGGCCGGGUGAUCUGUUGUGGGCUGUCCUAUGGGAGGGCCAUCUGCUAGUCAGAGAGGGUAUUGGCAGAGAUUGUCUCAAGGGUUCAUCGUGGGUCACGGUGGAGUCGCCGAGCCCUGGAGCGAGUGCAGUACAUGUAGCUGUUGGUGUAAAUGUAGUGUGGGCUCUCACUAAAGAUCAUAAAGUCUGGUUUAGACGGGGUGUGAAUUCCCAUAAUCCGUGUGGCUCAGGUUGGAUCGGUAUGGUUGGAGAGAUGGUGAUGAUCAACGUGGGUCUUAACGACCAGGUGUGGGGUAUUGGUUAUGAAGACCGGGCUGUAUAUUUCCGUCAGGGUGUGACUGCCAGUGAGUUAAGUGGGAAGGCUUGGAAGGUUGUGUCUGUGCCUAGAGAUAGUGACCGUUCCCAUUCCAGCGCCAGUGUGAGCAGUCUUCAGAGUGCUGGUUGUUUCUUUGGCGGUGAGGUGCAUCUGCAAUCCCAGGCUUCUGUGUUGAGUGAUGUGGACCCUGAGACUGAAAGAGCUGUGGGAGAAGUUCUCCCCACUCCUGAGAUGGGAGACACCCCUAAACCACGCAUCCCCAAAGUAACUAGUGACAGCUUCAUCUCUGAGCUGGUGUCUGACCGUGAAGUCCUGAUCAGCCAGCAUGAGGUGCCUUCAACGGCAGCAGCUGGCCCAUCUAUCUCUGAGGAGGAGCACGCUGAAGGCGAGGUAGAGGACAGGGCUUCCCCAGCCCAGGUUCUGUCUCCCAGCCAAUCAGGUGGGCUGGACCCUCAAUGGAGCAAUGUGGACCUGGAGGAGGCCCAGACUAACCUGGCUUCAGGACCUGGGGGAGACGCAGCUGAUUCCUGCAGUCUGUCCUCUGUAGCCACAUACAAUUUGGCUCUGGAGGAGCCUUAUGGGGCUGAUGAGCAUCCAAAAUGGGCCUGGGUGAGCGGUGGAGGAUGUGCGGUCGACUGCCACUCACAGCUUAACUGGUUCAACUCCUCUACAUCUACAGCCCUGAACUGCUCUAUACAGGCUAUGUCUCUUUCUAUGACUCCAGCACAAACAGCAGCCUGGCGCAAACAGAUAUUUGAGCAGCUCAAUGAGCGGUCCAAAAGAGAAAUGGAGAAUUUCAUGCAUUAUGAGCAGGCCAUUGAACAGUCUGUGUGGGUGAAAAAGGGCACCAUGCAGUGGUGGCGAGACUGGAAGCCACAUAAGUGGGUGGAUGUUCAGUUUGCACUGGAGCAGUUCUCAGGAGCAGAGGGCAGCAAGGAUGGAAUUCUGUUCAUCUACUACACCUUUAAUGAUGAGAAAAAGUAUAUCCACAUAUUCAUUAACGAAGUAACAAUCCUGGUGCCAGUGCUGAAUGACUCCAAAAACACAUUUGCCAUCUAUACAGCAGAGAAAACUAAACAGAGGUGGCCCAUCCGCCUGGCUGCGGCCACAGAGCUGGAGAUGUACGAUUGGCUAGCUCUGCUCAGUGUGUCCUGCUGUGACUCAAGAGGUAUUCAGGGCCCUCCCUCCAAACAGGCUAUAUGGUCUGUUACCUGUAAAGGUGACAUCUUUGUCAGCGAGCCCACAAAAGAACUAGAGGCAUCUCCUUAUCCUACUCCCUGUGAUCAGAUGUUCUGGCGUCAAGUCGGUGGGCAUUUACGUGUUAUUGAGUCCAACAGUCUUGGUGUGGUGUGGGGGAUUGGUUAUGACCACACCGCCUGGGUCCAUACCGGAGGCUAUGGAGGAGGAUUCAUUCAGGGGUUGGCAAGCAGCACAGAUAACAUAUACACACAGACUGAUGUGAAGAGUGUUUAUAUAUAUGAGAACCAGCGCUGGAACCCUGUCACUGGUUACACCAACAGGGGUCUCCCUACUGAUCGUUACAUGUGGAGCGAUGCCACAGGUCUGAAGGAGUGCACCAAAACCAACACAAAACCACCCUCACCAAACUGGACCUGGGUGUCAGACUGGACUAUCGACUAUGCUGUGCCAGGAGGAACAGACAGAGAGGGCUGGCAGUAUGCAGCUGACUUUCCUGCGUCAUACCAUGGAAAUAAAACGAUGAAAGACUUUGUCCGGCGCAGGCGUUGGGCCAGAAAGUGUAAACUCACAACAACCGGCCCCUGGCAGGAAGUCCCGCCUAUACCUUUGAGUGAUGUAACAAUCCUACCUUGUGGGCUAAAGAGCACAGUAGAACAGGUGCCACUGUGGGCCAUCAGCAACAAGGGAGACGUCUUGUGCCGCCUGGGUGUCACCUCCCUGACCCCUGCGGGGUCGUCAUGGUUACACGUGGGAACCGACCAGCCUUUCAAGUCGAUUUCCAUAGGUGCUGUCCACCAGGUUUGGGCCAUCGCCAAGGAUGGUUCUGCAUUCUAUAGGGGCUCCGUGUCGGCCCAAAACCCGGCAGGAGAUAGCUGGUAUCACAUCCCCUCUCCAACUGGACAGAAGCUCAGACAGGUUUCUGUGGGCAGGACAUCUGUUUACACAGUGGAUGAAAACGGAAACCUGUGGUACAGACAUGGUGUAACCCCCAGUUACCCUCAGGGUUCAUCAUGGGAGCACAUCUCCAAUAAUGUUCGCAAAGUAUCUGUGGGACCUCUUGACCAGGUGUGGAUCAUUGCAGAUAAGGUGCAGGGUAGUCACUGUUUGAGCUGUGGAACUGUUUGUCGCCGGCUGGGGGUGCUGCCUAUGGAACCUAAAGGCCACUCGUGGGACUAUGGCAUUGGGGGUGGAUGGGAUCACAUAACAGUGAGGGGGAAUGCCAUGGAGGCACCUCGCAUUCAAAUGCCAUCCCUAACUGACAACAGCAGCUACCAAACAGCAGCACGCAAUCCACUGCAAACUAGUAACAAGCCAGAGAUGAAUGGAAAUCCAGUGGGCUGAUAGAGAAACAUUUCUACUGUAGCCAUGACUUGUUCUCUUCCCUUCUGUAGUGAUUCUUUUCUAUAGAGCAUAGAGUUACUCACUCCAACUUGAAAUGUGUUCAGCUCAAGCUCCUGUGUGUGCAAAUGGCUGUUUUUAUUUGCACCUGAGCUGAAGUCACAUUCUCCAGUUAGCUUAAGUGUUCUCGUUAACUUGAAAGACAUUUCUUCUUGUUUUGGGUUCUCUUGUGGAUAAUGAGGCCACUUCUAAAAAUGCCCCCUUUUUAAACUCUACAAUUUCUCGACAUUAUGUUUUUACAUGGUACUUUUGGAUAGAGGAUCUUAAUUUAAUUUGUAUUUAUUUGUCUGUGGUCAUAUUAGUUUGUGCCCAUUUGUUUUUUGAUUCUUUAUUGGAAUCCAGUGGCAUUAAAUACAAAAAAAGUCACAAUUCACAGUAUAAGCUUCUGAAGGUACUCUACAAGCAUUUUGUCUUAAACAUCACAAACAAAACAACUUUAAAUAAACACCUGAUUCUGGAGUUUACAGCUUGGCUGCAAUGUCAUUGUACAUCAGUAAGAAGGGGGAAAGAAAAUAGUGGCAACACUUUACAAAAAGGUUGCAAUUGUUUACAUUAGUUAAUGCAUUAGGUAUCAUGAACUAAUAAUGGACAAUUUUUUAAAACAGCAUUUACUAAUUUUGAUUAUUGUUAAUUGAUUAAAAACAACAACAAUUGUUCAUUGUUAGUUUUUGUUAGUUCAUAGUCCAUUAACUUAUGUUAACAUAUACUACUUUUAAUUUUAAAAACAUAUUAGUUAAUGUUGAAAUUAACAUUAACCAAGAUUAACAAAUGCUGUAAACAUUUUGUUCAUUGUUAUUCAUGUUAACAAAUGAAAACUUAUUGUAAAGUGUUAUCAGAAUAAUAUGUGAACCACUUAAUAUUAGGUGUAACUACUAUUGUAGUUAAGCAUUUGAUAGUCAUGUACUUAUUAUGUACAUAUGUGAUGUUGCAUUGUACUUACAUUUAAACUACAUGCAUUGUAUUACAUUUGUAGUUACACUGUUAACCUUACCCCUAACCCCAAACCUAACCCCUUCCUCAGUCCUUACCCUAAACCCUAAACUUACCCUUACUUCUAAACCUAGCCAUAUAUCAACCUCUGUUGCAGCAAAUGUGAAUCUUGUGAGAAUUUUGCAGAGCAUCAUUUAGUUACACAAUAAAUAGAGUGUAUUGUAUGUAAUGUUAGUAAAUAGAAGUUAAAGACACUUAAUAUAAAGUGGGACCAUAUCAGCUGUUAAAAUUUCAUAAUAAGGAGUGCCCAAGAAAAUAAUUGUCUGUAAUACCACUUUAAUUAUCUGCUUGUACCACGUUGUUGGGUAUUUUCGAACCUUACUCAAAGCUGACAUGGCACAGUGAUACUGUGUAAACAGGAAAUAGCUCUUGUUGUUGGCAACAGAAGACAGUGCACUAUUUAAUUUGACACUUGACAAUGUAAAGACAGUGUUUCUUUUCUCAGGAUGUCAAGACAUUUCUUUUCUCUUAAGUGUAUAUGGUGUAAUUCCAGUAAAAGGCAGCACAAUAUCAGAGAGUAACAGUAUUUAUACUAAAUCUUUCAAAAAAAUUUUUUUAGCAUAAUUAACAGUCAGUUUUAUUCCUACUGUAUUCAGUUACUGUAUGUUGUAAAUGUGGAUGUAUAAAUUUGGAUCAUUUAUGUUAUAAUAUUGAAUGAUGGUAUUUAAGGUCCUAACUUGAAGCUAUAAUGAGAGAAAUCAAUUGUGUCACGUCCUUUUAGAGCAUUAUUUAAGGCUACUGCUGUACAUAUAAAGAAGAACUUCUUAAAUAUAUGCGGGCGAGAAAGUGGGAGAGAGAAAAUUAGAAAGAUCUAUUCACAUGUUAAUGUAAAGAUGAUAACGUUUCUACAGAUUUGCCCCUUGUGGACUUCCCAAACCCAACAGUUGUGUUUGUGUCUAAAGGGUUUUAUCAGUGGAAACAGAAAAGGACAUUAUAGUUUUCAAUUAUUAAGUGUAGACAAAUACGUUUAGUGAUGAGAAGCUACAUUAGGUAACAGCAGUGGCGCUGUUAUUUGAGUGCUGUAAACUCCUCUCAGUGUCAUGUUGUGCAUGGUUUAUGUUCUCUCUCUCAAUAAAUAUAAAAUCUGCUCCACAA